AUGCUGCAAAAAAAAGAAGAGACAAUUAGCUUAGGUAGAUACUUAUUUGAAAGAAUUCGUCAAUUGAAGGUUCAAUCUAUUUUUGGGGUUCCAGGGGACUUCAAUCUUACAUUAUUGGAUAAGAUUGAAGAAGUGAAUGAUUUGACAUGGAGAGGAAAUGCAAAUGAAUUGAAUGCUGCAUAUGCUGUAGAUGGUUAUAGUAGAGUUAAGAGUACUGAUUCUUCAGCAAACGGAUUUGGAUGUCUUGUUACAACUUUUGGAGUCGGUGAAUUAUCAGCUUUGAAUGGUAUUGCCGGAUCCUAUGCUGAACAUGUGGGAUUGUUGCAUGUUGUUGGUAUUCCAGCAACUUCUGCUCAACAAAAGCAAUUAUUGUUGCACCAUACCUUGGGUAAUGGUGACUUUACGGUUUUCAGACGCAUGUCUUCUGCUAUAACGCAAACUACAGGGAUGGUUGCAGAUGCAGCUACUGGUCCAGAAGAAAUAGACCGUGUCAUAAGAGAAGCCUAUAUUAAUCAAAGGCCAUCAUAUUUGGCUUUUCCAACCAAUAUGGUCGAUUUAGAAGUUCCAAAGCUGUCUUUGGAUACCCCUAUUGAUUUGUCAAUUCCUGAAAAUGACCCCGAAACAGAAAGCGAAGUACUUGAAAGAGUUACAGAAUUAAUCUCCAAUUCCAAGAACCCUAUUAUUUUAGUCGAUGCUUGUUGUGCAAGACAUGGUGCUACUGGAGAAGCAAGAAAGCUAAUCGAUCUCACUAAAUUUAAGUUUGCUGUAACCCCAAUGGCUAAGGGGGCGAAAUAUAUUGAUGAGGAUCAUGAGAGAUUCGCCGGUGUCUAUGUAGGCACGUUAUCUUAUCCUUCCGUUAAAGAGCAGGUUGAAUCUUCUGAUCUUAUUUUAUCCCUAGGUGCUAUGCUUAGUGACUUCAACACUGGCUCCUUCUCCUAUUCUUAUCAAACAAAGAAUGUAGUUGAGAUUCAUUCAGACUAUACUAAGAUCAGGUCUGCAAACUAUCCAAACGUUAGAAUGAAGGCUGUUUUGCAGAAACUUUUAGAAUCAGACAAAUUGAAAGAAGCAGCGAGUAAAUAUAAGCCUGUCGAAGUUGAGAAAGACCCAUUCCCUGAAGAGAAAAAGGAUGAACUGUCUAAAAUUACUCAACAAUGGUUAUGGAGUAAAGUAUCUGGCUGGUUAAAGGAAAAUGAUAUUGUCAUUACUGAAACCGGUACUUCGUCGUUUGGUAUUAUUCAAACCCAAUUUCCAAAGAAUACUUUAGGUAUUUCUCAAAUAUUAUGGGGUUCUAUUGGAUACUCCGUUGGCGCAACAUGUGGUGCUGCUAUGGCAGCUCAAGAAAUUGAUCCUAAUAGAAGAGUUAUAUUAUUUGUCGGUGAUGGUUCCUUGCAAUUGACUGUUCAAGAAAUUUCAUCAAUGGCUAAAAAUAAGACUAAACCAUACAUUUUUGUAUUAAAUAACAAUGGUUACACUAUUGAAAAAUUAAUUCAUGGUGAAACUGCCGACUACAACAGCAUACAGCCAUGGGACCAUUUGAAAAUCUUAGAAACCUUCAAAGCAGAUGAUUACGAAUCUAUAAGAGUUUCUACUGUCAAAGAGCUUCUGGAUCUUUUCAGCGAUCAAAAUUUUGCAAAGAACGAUAAGAUCAGGGUGAUAGAACUCAUGCUUGAUACAAUGGAUUCUCCUCAAAAUUUAAUUGAACAAGCUAAAAUUACAGCUCAAACGAAUUCGAAUUGA